UCCACGAUAUCGACUGCCAUGAUACCCCCGAGCUUCAGAAGAUUUCCAUUGCGAUAUGCUUCAGCAAGGAACAUCCGCCGCUGGAACUCCACGGUCACCGAAUCUCAUCCGGCAGGAGGGCAUCUUCCUUCCGUAGCCACGUCCUCAUUCCUUUGCACCACACGCGAUGCAGCCCUUCGCCCGCGUGGUAUCACAUGGACAGACGAAGGCGAAAUGGGUUCCACUGACAAUCUCAUCCCCGGUCGCGACACACGCAAGAUGAACAUGUAUCAGGCGGUUCGGGACGCGCUCAGCCACGCGAUGAUGAGAGAUGAUACCGCAGUCGUGUUUGGCGAGGACGUAGCAUUCGGUGGUGUGUUCAGAUGCACGAUGGGAUUAGCAGAGGAAUUUGGCAAAGAGCGUGUUUUUAACACGCCACUGAGCGAGCAGGGUAUUGCUGGCUUUGGGAUUGGUAUUGCAGCUAUGGGCCAUACUGCUAUUGCCGAAAUUCAAUUCGCCGACUACAUCUUUCCGGCCUUCGAUCAGAUUGUCAACGAAGCUGCGAAGUAUCGAUUUCGGUCCAGUGGCCAGUUCCAAGCAGGAACGCUCACAAUACGGUGUCCAUCAAUGGCAGUGGGUCACGGAGGCCACUACCAUUCGCAAAGCCCAGAAGGUUUCUUUAUGGGUGCUGCUGGCAUCAAGAUCGUAAUUCCACGGUCACCAAUCCAAGCUAAGGGUCUUUUGUUGUCCUCGAUCCGCGAUCCAAACCCAGUGAUCUUCAUGGAACCGAAAAUUCUGUAUCGUUCUUCAGUCGAGCAAGUCCCUUUGGAUGAUUAUCAGCUUCCCCUUGGUCGUGCAGAAACCUUAGUCUCGGGUUCGGAUCUCACCCUACUGUCAUGGGGUACACCAAUAUACCACUGCGAGACUGCUAUGCACAUGUUAUCUACCCCUCCCGAUGCACUCGCCUCUCACAUCCCCUCUUCUCUGCGUUCCGCGAAGAUUGAGUUAAUCGAUCUACGCACGAUCCUUCCAUGGGAUAUCGAAACUGUCGUCGAGAGCGUCAGUCGUACAGGCAGGCUGGUAAUCGUCCACGAAGCAGGUCGGAUAGGUGGGGUCGGGGCUGAAAUCAGUGCCGAGAUUCAGAAGAGAUGUUUCCUUAAAUUAAAUGCCCCGGUGAUGCUCGUCACUGGCUGGGACACACCCGUUCCUAUGCAAUUUGAGAAAUUCUACGUGCCGGAUGCUUUACGCGUUGUCGAUGCUGUGGUGGAGACGCUCUCGUACUAACUGAGAUUGUUGUACAUCCGAGCGCAGUUUUGUAUUGUUGAUGAAGUCCUGGAAACAUCUAUGUAAUAGUGACGGUGUGUAUGUGACAAAUACGUUGUACGACUCGUCGCCCUGGAAGUCGGAAGAGACGGGUCAAAUCCGAAGCAGCAGUCUCCCUGUCGUAUGCGAG